AUGGACUGGAGAAAAAGUUGGAUUGAGCAACGCUAUAGACCAACGUCUAGACGAAACACAGUGAAAUGUGUCAUUUCGGGCUCGAUGGUCAACCUGCUUGCUAAUAGGUCUGCCCAAGUAAUUUCCCUCAAAUCAGUAAUUCAGCUGACUAAAUGGGUGCCAUUGGAUGACGAGGAGCUUAAUGAAGACCCUAGUCUUACUAUCGCUAGUCUUCAUCAACCCCGUGUGUCGUUUUCAGCCGUUUCCAGAGAUGCUCUCCAACAAGCGGAUUACACUCUCAAGUUUAUGCAUUAUGAACCAGAAGCUUACGACAGUCUAGAGAGAUUAUCGCUUUGGAAGUGCGUGGACAUGUUUACUUCGAUUGCCUCUCUACACCCCACAUGUCAAUGUGGCCGAAUGGUCUCCAGUAACGUCAAGGGGUAUGUACGGCGUCAAGAACUUCAAAGCCACGAAGCCUUGACAAAGCAUAUUAAUGAUUGUAUUCUCAAAAUUGACGCAAGCAUGUCUAGGGAUGGAUCCGUGAAGCCAAUAGAAAUUUUGUCCUCGCGAAUAGAAGUGAACCUUUGA